UUACCCUGGUGUCCUUUUGUGGUGUGGCCAUGGAGAAAGAAAGAUAAGAGAGAGAGAGAGAGAAGAAAAGGGUAUGAAUUAUGAUGGAGUUGUGGUUCUGGGAGUGAACAGAGUUCAGUUUUGAAUAUGAACUUCUCCCUUGGCCUCCACAUCCCCAAGGCCCUGCCUUCUCUCUCCUCCCCCUUUAAGCUCCUCAAACUGCCCUCCAACUCAACCUCCAUUAAUUUUCAGGUGGUGGCAAGCAUCAGAGAAGACCCCAUUGCCUUUCUUCGCCAAAAGAAAACCAGUUUGUCUCUUCAAUUUGCUGCCCUUUUAGCCACUGUUGCGGAGCCGGCAAAUGCUGUAACAGGGGACAACAACCAUGAGGUUCCACUGACAUGGAUUUUGACACAAUUAGGCAUUGUUGGAUUCUUUUACUUCCUUGUCUUUCCACCAAUCAUCAUGAACUGGUUGAGGAUAAGAUGGUAUAGAAGAAAUUUGUUGGAAAUGUAUGUUCAAUUCAUGUGCGUCUUCCUUUGCUUCCCUGGCAUUCUAUUGUGGGCGCCAUUUCUGAACUUCAGAAAGUUCCCACGAGAUCCAUCGAUGAAGUAUCCAUGGUCGACGCCCCAAGAGCCAUCUCAGAUCAAAAAUGGAUACUUGAAGUACCCAUUUGCCAAGCCUGAAGAUUACGACUGGUAACUAUUUGUAAAAAUGCCUCUUCCAAUUUCCAAAUUCAAACUCAACCUCCCUUCCCACGACCAACUGCUGCCUUUUUAUUCAGCUCAUUAUGCUCUGUAUUUUUGUAUAAUCGAUGCUUCUAAUGGAAAUAUAUGGUCCUGUUGAAUAUUGUUGUU